UUUUCACAUCCCCCACCUUCACUAUUAAUCAGCAGCUGGAAAAAGUCGGACAGAUAAAGAAAAAAUCGAGAAAACGCAAAGAGAAAGAAAGAAAAAAUGAAGCGAACUCGUCGACCUAAUACUGCUGGAAACAAGCAAUUCGUAUCCGGAGGCGUUUACCGCACAAAAAUGAUAAUAACCCGAAUGCCAACGCCAAGCCGUUGAUCCAGCCUCCGUUGCAGGCCGCUAAUGUGGUCCAGAAUCAGCCAGAUACCGUUUCGCAGCCGGCACCGGUUAACGCUCCGGUUCCGGCUCCAGCUCCAGCUCCAGCUCCUGUUCAGCAGAAGCAGCAGGAGCCGCCACAGAAGAAGACAGAUGCAGCCUCUAUCGCCGCCAAGCUGCCCAUGCCGAUACUCGUAAAGGAGGAGCCUGUCGACGCGGAUGCGGACCCAGUGAUGGAAUCUUCCCAAGAUAACGAGUCCGAGCGGGACAUGACCAUUGAUUUAAGUGAGGAAAAUACAUCUGGCGGCAAGAUUCCCUUUAAGAAAAUCUUUCAGAAGCGCAAGAAGUCAUCGGAACGCACUCGGGACAAGAAGCAGCGUCAGAACCGGCAGCUUCGGAAGUCGAUGCUUCCCAAGAAUGCCCUCAUGGCUCUCAACGAAGUCAAGGGCGUGACUAUCAGCGAUUUCACCAUUGACAGCAAUGCCGAUGGGGGAUUCACUGCCAUCGUCACGGUGAACUCAAAUCAAUAUGAGGGCAAGGGACUCUCAAAGAUGUCCGCCAAGAACGCGGCAUGUGAGAAAGCCUGGCGCGACUUCAUAAUAGCCAAAAUGACUCCAAAACCGACUCGCUCGCAGCCGAACGAGCCAACCAACGGCGUGGAGCCCAUGGACACCAACGAGGACGAGGGGGAGUCGCCGGAGGAUGAUCUACCCAUGCUGAAUCUGGCCUCGUUUGCCAUCUACAAACUGUUCGCCGAGUGGGAGCGCGAGGGAUAUGUAGUUCCCGAAAUGCAUCCCAAUUCCACACCCAAUCCCAAUUCUUCUGGCGGCGGAGAUGCUGCUCCAGCAGCGCCAGCUGCUCCCAAGGAGCCUAAGAAGCCGCCAAUUCGAAGCGAUUUGCCGCCCAACUGGGAAACCAUGCAUCCGGCAACUAUUUUGUGCAUUAUGCGUCCGGGUAUUACCUACGUGGACUACGGAACCUCUGGCGAGAAGCCGAACGUGGUGCAGCACCUUGGCAUUGUGGUGGACGAUCAGGAGUUCACCGCCAGCGGCAGGUCAAAGAAGAUAGCUCGCCGCAAUGUGGCCGUCAAUGUGUGCAAUUCAUUGUUCAACACCAACUUCUCGUACGAGAACACCGCUUAAAAGAAACUGCUCUGCUAGCAGCUAUACCCUUCUUAACGGCUUAUUGUCUAAUGCGCAAUAUAACACACUCUUAGCAAUAAACCGUCGUGCACGGACCUAGAAGUAUUUAUCGUUGUUGUGAAGAACUCCCCCUAUAGUUAUAUUCUUUAAUUUUAGCAUAGUAUCAUGUUCAUUUUACGCGCCGUGAAUUGUAUAAAACGAUUUGCCGAUUCUAUCUUGAUUUAAACUAUUUAAAUUUAUUUUUUAAUUUGAAUUGUAUGGAAAUGCGAUAGCAUUUAAUUUUUAAAUAGUGAAUAUUUCAUAUACACAUACAUAUAUAGAUACGCAUAAUGUAUUUUUAAUUUUCAAAUAUAGCAGCCGUUUCGUAAGGGAUAGAGAUUAUAUUAAAGACUAAUAAAACUAUUUCAAAACUGAAAAAA